CAAUCUAGAGCUCUGCCAUUAGAUGGCGGGAAUCCAAAUCCAAUUAACAAUUCUUUGAAUGCUAGUUCAUCUCCCGUCGGCGGCGGAAAUGGUCAGCCACGGCAAGAUAACCUCUUUCCGCCGAUGACAAACCAACCAACUCCUCACCGCAUGAAUCGCGGCGAGAUUCCUGCCACUUCUCAAGUGGAAGGGAUACCCAAUGUGGGAGUUGGAUAA